GAUCUUUGUAUCGACAACCUGAGAUGGCGGUGGCGGAAUCUGGAGUCUCUCCCCGUCGAAAUCCUUCACAACUGUCGUGGAUGAGUAACUUGAUUUUGGCCUACCAGAGCUUUGGUGUAGUCUAUGGUGACCUCAGUACAUCUCCUCUUUAUGUCUUCCCUUGCACAUUUAUUGGAAAGUUGCACAAGCAUCACAACGAGGAAGCCGUUUUUGGUGCUUUCUCUUUGAUUUUCUGGACCCUCACGCUCUUUCCCCUUCUCAAAUACCUUCUUGUAUUACUGAGUGCCGAUGACAACGGAGAAGGCGGAACAUUUGCUCUCUAUUCGCUGCUUUGUAGGCAUGCCAAGCUUAGCUUACUUCCUAACCAGCAAGCUGCUGAUGAGGAGCUCUCAGCUUACAAGUUUGGUCCUUCCACGGAUACUGGAACUUCAUCCCCCUUCAGAAGAUUUCUUGAAAAGCACAAAAGGCUGAGGACCGCUUUGCUGCUUCUUGUACUUUUUGGAGCUGCUAUGGUCAUAGGAGACGGGGUUCUGACCCCAGCUAUAUCAGUUCUGUCGUCCAUCUCAGGCUUGCAAGCUACAGAUAAGAAAUUGACUGAUGGUGAACUUCUGGUACUUGCCUGUGUCAUAUUGGUCGGACUGUUUGCUUUGCAACACUGUGGUACUCACAGGGUGGCUUUCAUGUUUGCACCAAUUGUGAUCAUCUGGCUUAUUUCAAUACUCUUCAUCGGUUUAUACAACAUCUUACACUGGAAUCCAAAGAUAAUACGUGCAAUUUCCCCGCUUUAUAUCAUCAAAUUCUUCAGAGUGACUGGUCAAGAUGGAUGGAUAUCUCUUGGAGGGAUUCUUCUUUCUGUAACAGGUACUGAAGCUAUCUUUGCAAAUCUUGGCCAUUUCACCUCGGUCUCAAUCAGACUUGCUUUCGCCGUUGUCGUGUACCCCUGUCUGGUGGUACAAUACAUGGGCCAGGCAGCUUUCUUGUCAAAGAACCUCGGGUCUAUUCCUAACAGUUUUUACGAUUCAGUCCCAGACCCUGUUUUCUGGCCUGUCUUUGUCAUUGCCACACUUGCAGCCAUUGUUGGCAGCUUUCGAGACACAACUUUGAUUGGAAAUGCCUACGGAAUAGCAUGCAUGAUGGUAAUGUUCAUCACAACGUUUUUCAUGGCUCUUGUCAUAGUCGUGGUUUGGCAGAAGAGUUGUGUUCUGGCGGCUUUGUUUCUUGGGACUCUAUGGAUAAUUGAAGGUGUGUACCUCUCAGCAGCGCUCAUGAAAGUUCCCCAGGGUGGUUGGGUGCCUUUUGUGCUCACGUUCAUAUUUAUGAUCGCCAUGUAUGUGUGGCACUAUGGCACCCGCAGGAAAUACAGCUUUGAUCUUCAUAACAAAGUUUCAUUGAAGUGGUUGCUGGGAUUAGGACCUAGUCUUGGUAUUGUCCGCGUGCCUGGAAUAGGACUCGUAUACUCAGAACUUGCAACUGGAGUUCCUGCAAUUUUCUCUCACUUUGUCACCAACCUCCCGGCAUUCCAUAAAGUCGUGGUGUUUGUUUGUGUGAAAUCAGUUCCAGUGCCUCAUGUUUCCCCUGAGGAACGCUUCCUCAUUGGUCGUGUUUGCCCGAAGCCGUAUCGUAUGUACAGGUGCAUAGUGAGGUACGGGUACAAGGACAUUCAACGGGAAGACGGGGACUUUGAGAAUCAGCUUGUACAGAGCAUAGCGGAGUUCAUCCAGAUGGAAGCAAGCGACCUCCAAUCCUCGGCUUCUGAGUCUCAAUCUUAUGAUGGGAGAAUGGCCGUUUUAAGCAGCCAGAAGAGUCUCUCUAACUCAAUCCUGACGGUUUCAGAGGUAGAGGAGAUUGAUUUUGCUGACCCCACGAUACAAAGCAGUAAAUCCAUGACUCUGCAGAGUUUGCGUUCAGUGUACGAGGAUGAGUAUCCGCAAGGGCAAGUGAGGAGGCGGCAUGUGAGGUUUCAGUUAACGCCGUCAAGUGCUGGGAUGGAGUCCUCUGUGAGGGAAGAACUAAUGGAUCUGAUACGGGCGAAAGAGGCGGGUGUUGCAUAUAUAAUGGGCCACUCAUAUGUGAAAUCGAGGAAAUCCUCGUCCUGGUUGAAGAAGAUGACGAUUGAUAUCGGCUAUUCUUUCCUGAGGAAGAACUGCAGAGGGCCAGCUGUCGCACUCAACAUUCCUCACAUCAGCCUCAUUGAAAUGACAUCUUUGCUCCCAAAUCCCGACCCGAUCACUAUACCUCUCGUCUUCAAGCUUUGCUCCUUUCCUCCGCCACGGAGGCUCUUCUCUCUCAGGCCCAGGCGCUUCACCCGAAAGUCAUCAUCUCUUCUUCCGUUGGUCGCUGUUUCCUCUCUCUCCGCUACUGCCGCAAAACCUACCAGAUGGAGAGAGAAGCCGGAAUUAGCGGAAAGCGACUCAAUUUCCCUCCUCAACGAGAGGAUUCGGCGUGACAUCGGCAAGAGAGACACUGCUAGGCCGGCCAUGGACUCUGAGGAGACCGAGAAGUACAUUCAGAUGGUCAAGGAACAACAAGAGAGGGGUCUGCAGAAGCUCAAAGGAAUUAGGCAAGGUACAGAGGCUGCUGCUUCCGGUGGUUUUAGCUACAAGGUUGACCCUUACAGUCUCCUUUCCGGUGAUUAUGUGGUGCACAAGAAAGUAGGCAUUGGGCGUUUUGUUGGGAUAAAGUUUGAUGUCCCCAAGGAUUCCUCAGAGCCCCUCGAAUAUGUCUUUAUAGAGUAUGCUGAUGGCAUGGCCAAGCUUCCCCUCAAACAGGCCUCGCGUUUGCUCUACCGUUACAAUCUUCCAAAUGAGACCAAACGGCCUCGGACUUUGAGUCGGCUGAGCGACACUAGUGUUUGGGAAAGAAGAAAGACCAAAGGAAAAGUAGCAAUUCAGAAAAUGGUCGUUGACUUGAUGGAGCUAUAUCUUCAUAGGCUUAGACAGAAGAGAUAUCCCUAUCCAAAAAAUCCCAUCAUGGCUGAUUUUGCGGCUCAAUUUCCUUAUAACGCUACACCUGACCAGAAGCAGGCUUUCCUGGAUGUUGAGAAGGAUUUGACAGAGAGAGAAACACCUAUGGACCGAUUGAUCUGUGGAGAUGUUGGGUUUGGUAAAACAGAGGUUGCUUUACGAGCCAUCUUUUGUGUAGUCUCAGCUGGAAAACAAGCUAUGGUUUUAGCACCGACAAUUGUAUUGGCCAAGCAACAUUACGAUGUUAUCUCAGAGCGGUUUUCCUUGUAUCCACAAAUCAAAGUGGGCCUUUUAAGUCGGUUUCAGACCAAAGCAGAAAAGGAGGAGUAUCUGGAAAUGAUAAAAAGUGGACAUCUGAAUAUCAUUGUGGGUACUCACUCACUUCUCGGGAGCCGUGUUGUGUACAGUAAUUUAGGCCUCCUUGUGGUUGAUGAGGAACAGAGAUUUGGGGUCAAGCAGAAAGAAAAGAUAGCAUCUUUCAAAACAUCGGUGGAUGUGCUUACAUUAUCCGCAACACCCAUACCAAGGACACUGUACUUAGCUUUGACUGGAUUCCGGGAUGCCAGUUUAAUCUCCACACCGCCUCCGGAGAGGAUUCCAAUAAAAACCCAUCUUUCGUCAUUCCGUAAGGAAAAGGUGAUAGAAGCAAUAAAAAAUGAGCUGGAUCGUGGUGGCCAAGUUUUCUAUGUCUUGCCUCGCAUUAAAGGACUAGAAGAAGUGAUGGAUUUUCUAGAAGAAGCAUUUCCAGAUAUUGACAUCGCUAUGGCACAUGGAAAGCAAUACUCGAAACAACUAGAGGAAACCAUGGAGAGAUUUGCGCAAGGAAAGAUCAAAAUCCUCAUAUGUACUAAUAUUGUUGAAAGCGGACUUGAUAUUCAAAAUGCAAAUACCAUAAUCAUUCAGGAUGUUCAACAAUUUGGGCUCGCUCAGUUGUACCAGUUGCGUGGAAGGGUUGGUCGGGCAGAUAAAGAAGCUCAUGCCUACCUAUUUUAUCCCGAUAAAUCGCUGCUCUCUGAUCAAGCACUGGAAAGGCUUAGCGCUCUUGAAGAGUGCCGUGAACUUGGACAAGACGGGGAUGUUGGAAAUGUCGGUAUCGAUCUCUUCUUUGAAAUGCUUUUUGAGAGUCUGUCCAAGGUGGAGGAACUCCGUAUUUUUUCGGUUCCAUAUGACCUAGUGAAGAUUGACAUAAAUAUAAAUCCCCGGCUACCCUCGGAGUAUGUAAAUUACCUGGAAAAUCCGAUGGAGAUCAUUAAUGAAGCUGAAAAAGCAGCGGAGAAAGAUAUGUGGAGUCUAAUGCAAUUCACAGAGAACCUGCGUCGCCAAUAUGGGAAAGAGCCUUACUCCAUGGAGAUCAUUUUAAAGAAGCUGUAUGUGAGACGCAUGGCGGCUGAUCUUGGAGUAAACAGAAUUUAUGCAUCAGGCAAGAUGGUUGUCAUGAAAACAAAUAUGAGUAAGAAGGUGUUCAAGCUGAUCACAGAUUCCAUGACUUGUGACGUUUACCGAAGCUCCUUGAUAUACGAAGGAGAUCAAAUAAUGGCGGAACUUCUGUUGGAGCUACCAAGAGAACAGUUACUGAACUGGAUGUUCCAGUGCUUGUCAGAACUUCAUGCAUCACUUCCUGCCCUUAUCAAAUAUUAGUUCCCCCUUCUCAGUUUCUCUUGCUUGUAGGAUGUGUUAAAAGAAGAGAGACUCCUCAGCACUUGUGUCUGCUGUGAAGUUUUCUUCAUAGAAUAGAACAUAAGAGAGGAGAAUAAUAUUUGCCUAAAUAUCUACAAGGGCAGCAUUUUAAUCAGCAGCUACCCACACUCAAAUCUUAUUUGACGAGGUUGUCUAUUCGUCCUCUGUACUGCGGUACAGAUACUCUACAGGCUUCUUCUUCUCUCUGAUGAUGGAAAGUGAAAACUGAGCAUCUUUGGAAUAAUUCCAUGCAACAGGAGGCAUAACUCUGGCCCAUAUUGAGAUCAUCGACCAUUGGGAAAGUUUUGGAAAUCUAUGUAUAUUUUGGGAAUUUAAUAGUGCAAGAUUUUAUGUAAGAACGAACCGAACAUAAUUGUUUGUGGCUCAGUAAAAGCCCAUUUAGAUG